AUGGAGAACGGAGUAACCGAGUUACAUCUCGUUUCCCUUCCAAAAGAUGUCAAAUCCCUUCGGAUCGUGGAGCCUUCCUAUCCGUCUAGGAACGGAAAGUCUACUCGAACUCCAAGUCCAACGAAAAAGUGUCAAGAACUGAUGUAUAUUGACGACGGGACCUCAUCUAACUCCUCGGCAACAUCAACAAAGGAGAGAGAAAAACAGCGCCAUUUAAGUGGUUGUGAAAGUGAUAAAUCCACUUCCCGACCAGUUACUGGCAUUCUCCGUGUAUGCACAAGUGACCCCCAUGUAUCUUCUCCUUCUGCUCCAUCUCCUUCCCCACUUCCACCUCCGCCACCACCACUACAAUCAACUUCUACUUCUCCCCCUCUAUCGUCUCCUCUUCCACCACCUACCCCCUCUUGUCAUGAUUUGGCGGAACUCACACCUGCGCCUUCUAGACGCCUGCCCACUGUGGUUGUUCUUGGUUACCAGCGAGCUGUUGUCGAGUCGCAGGCUGCAGCUGAGCGAAUGCAUCAACAGCAAAAGCAGCAGCAAACCAAACAGCAUAAACCUACUGGUUCUUCUCAUCCCUUGGAUUGUCCUCUUACUCUGAGUAUUGCAUCUAGUGGACUUAUUGACCAUGGAUUACCUACUUCGCCACAUGGUCGUAAUAAUAGGGUGAAAUGUUCGGAUGGUCUUCCAUGCUUCACGCAAUCUCCCCCUCCUCCACAAUCUUCUCCAACCUCAGAUGAUAUCAACAUCUCACCAAUCAGCAUUUCUCCCACAUAUUCCUCGAAAACCCACUCAUCGCCCUCAUCACCAAUCACAAUGCAAGAAGCUUCGUCACAGGACCAAUCAGCAUCUCCCUUUACCUCGCCACCAGACUCAUCAUCUCCCUUGGGCAGUUCACCCCCAGAUGUAGCUACCCUAUUGCCCCGACAUGUAGCUGAAGAUGCUGAGUCGAUUGCUGAGUCUGUCUACCAUCAACCCCCCAAAGCCGCUGAUCGUAGCGCAGCCUAUAGACUGGCUAGACGUCUUUUCACACUAGACGGGUUCAAGAUUACGGAUGUGGCCAAGCACUUGUGCAAACGCAAACCAGACGAUGAAAUUACUUGCAGGCGCACCAGUUCUCCAAGUGUGCCUGUGUUUGAUGACUCAUCAAGCUUGCGUUUGCAUCCUUGUGGUAUACUUUCCCACUUGCUUACUCUUGUGACGUCUUGGCUUGUUGAGACAAUGCGUACUUCUGAUUAG